ACACACAACAUUAUUUAUUCGAUAAUAUAAUACAAUAAAACAUAAUGGAAUUACCGAUAUCCUAUAUUUUUUCGCGCUUUUGUUGGGUUCUAACCACUUAAAAUCAAAUUAAUAUUGCCAUUCGACAAUGAAAAACCCAAAAACCCUCACUGGAAUUCAAAACGAUUAGAUCUUGCACAAUCGUUAACCGCAUUGAUGUAUGUUGUUUAGCCGACUUUUGCUAUUUUUUCACUCUUGUUGGUCGUACGAGGAAUAUAAUAUAUUAUUAUGUUCGAUCAAAUGAACUUGCAUAAAUAUUCCGAUCUUCAGUAUGAUGCAUCGAAAAAUAAUAGAAACGCAACACCGGUAUAUGGACCAUUUGAAAAACUAUUUGUCAGCGAUUGGGGACAGUCCAAAAUACAUCACAAUGUUAUUCAAGCUUUUGAUAAAAUGAAUAUUAGAACAAUGUCACCUUUACAACAAAAUUCAUUUUUAUAUUUAUCAAAUAACUAUAAUACAGCAAUGGUAGGAUAUUCAAGAGGAAAAUCAUUUUCUUACCUAGUUUCUAUAUUUUCUUCAAUUUUGAAUAAUAGAGUUAAUGAUGAGACUGAUUUAGAAAUUGGACCUAAAGCAAUUGUUCUUAGUAGUUCAUUAGGAUCAUGUUCAGAAUUAGAAGAUUUAUCAAAAAAACUGACUUCUCCAAGGGAAAAUUCAGUGAAAGUUGUUGUUGCUUAUGCAUCUAUGCCAGUACAACAUACAAUAGCCCAUAUUUGUAAUGGAUGUGAUGUUUUAAUCACUACUCCAGCUAGUCUCCAUAAUCUCUUAAAUAAAACAAAAAUAUUUAGUUGGAUGAACCUUAGACAUGUUGUUUUUGACAAUAUAGAUGUACUUCUAGUAAACUACAAAGAUGAAAUGGUAUAUUUUUAUAAAAUCUUUAUUCAACUUAAAGAAAGCAUUAGCAACUUACAAAUGAUAUCUGCAUCAGUUAAAUGGACAAAAGAAGUUGAUGAUUUUUUAAAUCGGUUGUUUGUCAAAUGGCAAUAUAUUUUUGGAUCUCAUUUAGAAGCUGCUCGUUACAUGAAAAUAGGAUUUCAUUUUGUACAUUUUAGUGAUAAUAAAUUAGAUAAAUUAUUAGAUUAUUUAAAUAAUAAUAUUAAGUGUCGUCGAAGUGUUUUGUUUACAUCAAAUACAGAUGAACUUACUAUAAUUUCUAAUUAUAUUCAGCAAAAUGAAUCUGAUAUUGAGGUAUUAUUACCAAGUCAAAUGAAAAGUGCCAAGGUUUAUACUUUACAAAAAUGGGAUAUGCCAUUAGCUAAAAAUAAACUUAUAUUAAUUUGUAGUGAUGAUAUGAUGUUUGAUUUUUAUAUUGACAAUGCAGAUUGUGUUAUACAUUAUGACAUUCCUAUUGACAAACAAAAAUUUUCAACGAGAUUUAGUGUUCUACAAAAUUCAAACAAUAUACUUACUAUUAAAGAGCGCAGUACUUAUAUAUUUUUAAGUAAUAAUACUAAUGAUAUGCUGCAGCUUCCAAAAGUUGUUGAAAUAAUGAAAGAAUUUGGAAAUGGUAAAGUGGAACCAAUUUUACAAAAACAUGCAAUGAAUAUAUCUAAAACUUUAGAAAAGCAAAAAGUAAACAGGCUUUUGUGUAUUAAUGUAAAACAGUUUGGUAAUUGUCUAAAACCAUCAGUAUGCCCUGACCGUCAUAUUUUAUUCAAAGAAGUAGACGAACCUGCUGUUAACAUUCCUAAGUCUGGACUAGCUAUUAUAAAAGUUUUAACAGUUUAUGAUGCAUCUCACUUGUCUGCUAAGCUUUUGAAAUUGAACUGUACUAAUAGUCUAAACAAUAAUACAAAUUGGUCUAAUGUAAAAGACCAUACUACCGCCAUUAAUCAUGAGCUAAAUAUGUUUUAUUCUAAUGAGGAUUCUCGAAUUCUUCAUGAAAACCCCAAAUAUGGCGAUAUUGUAGCAGUACAGUUAUAUACUAAAAAAAGAGAAGAAGAGAAUACAGAAUAUUUUAGAGCAAUUAUUAUUGGUUUCUUAGAUACAAAUACUAUUAAUUCAAAAGUGGAAGUUAAGCUAAUCGAUGAAGGAUUUGUUGACACAAUAUCGAUAUGGAAAAUUUUUGUGUUACCUGAUUCCUUAAAGAGUUUAGAAACAAACACUGUUGAUAUAUUUUUAGCAUCUGUGAAACCAAUUGACUUUGAUCAAAAAUGGUGUAAACCAGCUACUACUAGAGUUAGAAAUGAUUUGAAUUAUGCUAAAGAUUGUAAUGAUACAAUUAUUGUUAAGGUUGAAAUGGCUUUAGGAACAACUCUGUGGAUAAAAAAGUUAUACAAAAAAAAUUGGAAUUCAAAUUUAAAACAAUAUGACUUUAUAGACAUUUUACCUGGCUCAUUGUUAAACUUUGGUUAUGCUGAUAAAAAUUUUGAUCAUAUUACAAAAUUAACUGACCUCUGUACUGCAGCUGGUAUUAAUUUGCCAUCAACAUUAAAACAAAAUGUUGAAAAUCAUGAACUUACAAUAGAAGAAUUUAUGUCAUUUUAUAAAUUACCUCAACCCCAAUGGGCACACUUGGAUAAGACUAGUGAAACUUUGGUCACCCUAAAUUAUAUUAUAAGUCCUAAACUUUUUUUUGUGCUGAAUACUAAAUAUUAUGAUAUGUAUAAUAAUCUUCAAGAAAAAAUUUGUAAUUAUGUUGAACAGAAACAAGGAAACAAAUUAAAACAUAUUAUUAAAGGAGCUAUUUGCUUAGCUCAACAUCCAGUUACAAUUCAAUAUGGCCGUGUUCAAAUUAUUGAAGUACUUAAUAGUAGAACUGUUGAAGUGUUAUUUGUUGACUUAGGUUAUAUUUAUGAAAUUAAAACCAACUCAUUACUUACAAUUCAAUCAAAUUUGAUUACUCAGUUACCAUUCCAAGCAAUUGAAUGCAGUUUAAGUGGUGUUAAGGAUACAUUGCCUACAGGAGAUAAACUUGAAGAACUAACGCAAUAUGUACUUGAUUUGACUGAGCACAUAUAUUUAAAAGUUCAUGAUACUAUUUCAUCAGCAAAAAUAUCUGGUGGUAAUCAUUAUGAAGUAAUUUUAUAUGAUGAAAAUAAUACUGUUAAUUUUGAAUUUAAAACCAAUUUUCCUGAAUAUUGUGACUCAUUAAAGAUGUCCGAAUUAAUAGAUCUAUAUUGUAAUAAAGAUAUUGUAGAAGAAAAUGAUUUUAUACCACAGAAUUUAUUUGAAGAUAGAAUUUCUGAAAUUGAAAAUAAUGUAGAAGUUGAAGAUUUAGAUUCAACACAAUUAUUUUUUCAAGAAUUUGGACAUGCUCUUUUGGGAUCGGCCUAUAAAGAUAUAAUUGAGUCUAUAAAAUUAAACGUUGAUGAUUCUAAAAAUGAAAAUUCUAUAAAAAUUGAAACAAUUGAUGAAAGUUCUUCUGUUAUACAAGUUACUGAAAAUAAAUGUAUUAAAAAUCUUACAUCUGUUAAAUCGAUUGAAGAAGUUUUACCUGUUAAUGAAACCGAAGAAGUUAAUACCAAGCUUAAAAAUACAUCUUUUGUUACAAAAAAUCAGAAGUUAAAGUCGAAUAAAAAAUGCUUAAUUGAUUGUUUAACAUGCAACACCAAUGUUGACUCAAUUGUUCCUAUUUGUUAUUGGUAUCAAAACAAAAAUUAUAUUUAUUUAAAAUUCAAUAUUCUUGAAGUAGAUGAUUUUAAUAUUGAGUCUACCAUGUAUAGUAUAACAUUGAAUGCUCAAUUCAAAGAUAAAAUUUAUUACUUUUGUGUUAAUCUUUACGGUCUAAUAAAGGAUGACAACGUAACAAAUCAAAUGAGUUUUGAAGGUUUGCAUAUAAAAGCGGAAAAAUUGUUUAAAACUGAUUACAAAUGGUUAAGAUUGUUUAAAUGUGAAAAGCAGCACAUAUAUGUGAAGUAUGAUCCAGAGCAUAUAGAAGAAUCUAAAAGCAAAAAUUUGGUAGUAAGAACUUUGAACCAAUUUAAAAGUUUAGCUUUGGGAACUCCUUCAAAUGAUUUGAAUGAUGAAGCAUUUGAUUCUGAUACUAGCAAUAGUGAUUUAGAUUUAAAUUUUGAUGACAUUUAUGAUGAUUGAGCAAUUUUUGUAUUGAUAUUGGUACUAAUAUUGGAAUUUUUGUUUUGCUGUGAACCAUUUCAUUUUUUUUUUUUUUUU